ACCAGUGCAUUUCCCAAAUAUGCACUGAUUGGGGAAUCACCCGCAGCCGCCGCCGCAGCCGCCGCCGCGCUGCUCCCUCCACAACGCCGUAGCAUCUGCCACCGGUGAUUGCUUCAAUAUGGACCCCUUAGCGGUAUCCAUGAAACCUUCUUGCUCCUCGUCCUAUAUCCUUCCGGAAUCUGUAUCCACUCCCAGACCUAGAACUGGCUCGUCGUCCUCCGCAUUCCCGACUUCCAGACCCUCCCGGAAAUGUUACCGGACUCGAAUUUCAUAUACUCCGGUCCGGAAUCCCUCAUCUUCGAUCAAAUACUACCGUCGGAUCUCCACCUAUUCGGAUUUCACUUGUUCAGCUAUAACAACUCCCGCGUCGGAGUCGCAAUUGCAGACCUACCCGAACCAGGACCCGGCGACGAAGCUCCGCCUCCUCACAUCGGAAUUCCAGUCACUCUCGGAGCCGAUUGAUCGGGUAAAGCGGCUAUUGCACUACUCCUCCAUACUCCAUCCCAUGGACGACUCCCUGAAGACCAUUGAGAACCGGGUACCUGGAUGCACGGCACAGGUGUGGCUACAUGUGAGGGUGGACAGGGGGAACGGAGUUAGGUUAUCCGCGGAUAGCGAUUCGGAGAUCACCAAAGGAUUCUGUGCCUGCUUGGUUUGGGUGCUGGACGGGGCAUCUCCGGAGGAGAUUCUCGCCAUGAAAACUGAGGAUUUGGGUGCUCUGAAUGUGGUGGAUUUGAAAGGAAAAGGCGGCUCUUCUUCCAGGGUGAAUACUUGGCAUAAUGUGUUGAUGACUAUGCAGAAGAGGAUUAAGGCAUUGGUGUCGGAAAUGGAGGGGACGGCAAGGAGUGACCCAUUCCCUUCUCUGGUUAUCACUGCCGAAGGUAUAAACGCCAAUGGCAGCUAUGCUGAAGCUCAGGCUAGAUUUCUGUUUCCAGAUGAAUCAAAGGUCCAAGAGCUUGCAAACCUGCUUGAAAACAAAAGAAUUGGAGUUGUUGCACAUUUUUACAUGGACCCUGAGGUCCAAGGUGUUCUAACAGCAGCACAGAAGCUUUGGCCUCACAUUCAUAUAUCUGAUUCCUUGGUUAUGGCAGAUUCAGCUGUAAAGAUGGCAAAAGCUGGAUGCCAGUAUAUAACUGUUUUGGGAGUUGAUUUUAUGUCAGAAAACGUCCGUGCAAUCCUUGAUCAGGCUGGAUUCCAUGAGGUUGGUGUCUAUAGGAUGUCUGAUGAACACAUUGGUUGUUCUUUGGCAGAUGCUGCAGCCAGUCCUGCUUAUAUGGAAUACCUUGGAAUGGCCUCUCACUCUUCUCCUUCUUUACAUGUUGUUUACAUUAAUACUGCUCUGGAGACCAAAGCAUAUUCUCAUGAACUUGUGCCGACUAUAACAUGCACUUCCUCUAAUGUUGUCCAGACUAUUCUGCAGGCAUUUGCAGAAGUGCCCAACUUAAAUGUUUGGUAUGGCCCUGAUUCUUACAUGGGCGCAAACAUCGUGGAGCUGUUUCAGCAAAUGACCAUGAUGACUGAUCUAGAAAUAGCUGAGAUACAUCCACUGCACAACAGAAAAUCUAUUAAAUCAUUGAUACCUCGUAUGCACUUUUAUCAGGAUGGAACAUGUAUUGUGCAUCACCUCUUUGGCCAUGAAGUCGUGGAGAAGAUAAAGGAAAUGUAUUGUGAUGCAUUCCUCACCGCUCACUUUGAAGUUCCAAGUGAAAUGUUCUCACUAGCAAUGGAAGCCAAACGGAGAGGGAUGGGAGUAGUUGGCUCAACCAAGAACAUAUUGGAUUUUAUAACACAAAGGGUACAAGAGGCUAUGGAUAGGAACAUCGACGAACAUCUUCAGUUCGUUUUAGGAACAGAAUCUGGAAUGAUUACUUCUAUAGUGGCAUCGGUUCGUAAAUUAUUAGGCUCCAUGAACUCUACUGAUAGAGGAUCACAAGUUAGCGUUGAGAUUGUCUUUCCUGUAUCAUCUGAGUCAGUGACGAAAACACCAGAGGUUCCAUCCCAGGACCUCUCCUUAGGUGACAUGGGAGAUUUUUUAAUAAAGGCCCCUAUUAUACCUGGAGUUGCCAAUGGGGAAGGGUGUUCUAUUCAUGGUGGCUGUGCCUCUUGUCCGUACAUGAAGAUGAAUUCUUUGAGCUCGCUUCUUAAGGUUUCCCGUGACCUACCAAAUGACAAAGAUAAGCUUUCAGCGUAUGAAGCUAGACGGUUCAGCCUGCGAACCCCAAACGGAAACCUAAUAGCAGAUGUUGGUUGCGAGCCAAUUCUUCACAUGAGACAUUUUCAGGCGACAACGCGAUUACCAGAUUCACUAAUCGAUCGAAUACUGCAACGCUGACGCGUGAAAUGAAAUUGUGUCAAGACUUGGGGAACUCAGUGCUUCUGUGCGGCAAUAUGGAUGGUCUCCAUUCUUAAAGGUUGGCUUGCUUGUAGUGUAGUUAUAAACCAACCAUAGCCGGCGAUUUGUAUAUUAUCUUAUCUCUGUCCCGGAAUAUUUGUGCAAUUUUAAGAAAGACAAAUUGGACAAAUAUUUUGGGACAAAUGGAGUAUGUGCCUGGGUGCAAUAAUGACACCCAAAUAUUUUGGUUGCUCUGAUAGCAUGUGUAACACCCGACCCCACCCUACCUGGAAAUGUCUGCUAAUUUAUGAUUGUAAACUGGUCUCACAAAACAACACAAGCUUUUCCUGUGCAUUUUGUCCACACUCAUGCACACCCAAGUGGGUCACGAAUAUUAAAAUUGCUCUAAGCCAAUAAGUUUUUACUCUGGGG